AUGGCUUUCUUCUCCAAUUUCUCCGGCGACUUUGCUCCUUUGUUCCAUUUACUUGAUGACUAUGAUGUCCAUCAAGCAUACCGCCCAAAGCCAAGGACUACAACUGUUCGCUCCUUCACACCUCGAUUUGAUGUCUAUGAACUAAACAACAAUUACCAUCUUAAUGGAGAACUACCUGGCGUUAACCAAGCCAGUCUCGAUAUUGAGUUCACCGAUCCUCAUACGUUGGUCAUAAAGGGCCGCGUGGAGCGCAAGUACAGCGACAGCACAUCCAGUACCAACGAGCAUGCUGAAGUUCCCAAUGAUGCUUCUUCUGUCAAGUCACUCCAACCAACAGUCGAAGAUGAAGAUGAAGAGGCAAAUGAUGCAGCAUCUGUUGGUUCAUCAGCCCAAUCUUCAAAGCAGGUGGCCCUCCAAGAGCAGACCAACCACAAAUAUUGGAUCACCGAGCGCCCGGUCGGCGAAUUCCAUCGAGCCUUUACCUUUCCGACGAGAGUAGACCAAGAUACAGUCAAGGCUACUCUGAAAGAUGGGAUUCUUUCGGUCAUUGUCCCAAAGGAACCUGCCCCUACGUUUAAAAAAAUUCGCGUCGAGUAA